AAUGAGUAUAAAUUCUUUGGCAACAAAAAACUUUGAUUUUAUUACUUUACGAAUCAAAUGGAACAAAUCGCUGCGCCAGAGAAACGACUUGGCGUUGUUAUGCUUGGAAAAUGUAAUUUGGAAGUACGUCUUUUUGACAUACCUUCCCCUGGCUACGGGCAAGUGAGAAUGAAAGUAAAAGCUUCUACAUUAUGCGGCAGUGAUUUGAACCUAAUAUAUCGAAAGGAAUCUUGGAAGGACGGGCCAGGGAAAUACUGUGGGGUAGUCGCUGGACAUGAGCCUUGCGGUGAAAUUGAUCAACUUGGUGACGGAUGCGAUGGAUUUGAGGUUGGAGAUCGCUGUAUCGUCUAUCAUAUCAACGGCUGCGGCGUCUGUCAGGACUGUCGCAUGGGCUGGCACAUCUCAUGUACUGGAACUAAGCGUAAGGCAUACGGUUAUCAACGCGACGGCGGGCAUUCCGACUACAUCAUAGCCGAUAUACAGAAUUUGGUGAAAAUGCCAAAGUUUUUAACUUUCGUGGAUGGCGCUAUGGUUGCUUGUGGCGUUGGAACGGCAUAUGCUGCAUGUUUACGAGCACAAGUCUCUGGUCGUGACAGAGUAUUGAUCACUGGUCUUGGACCGGUCGGACUGUGCAUUGCCCUCAUAGCUCGAGCAAGCGGCGCAGAAGUUUACGGAGUUGAAUUAAUGUCAGAACGACGACAGCAAGCAAUCGCUCAUAAUAUCACACUCAUCGAAUCUAACACGGAAGCAGCUAUGAAAGCCACGGAUGGAAAGGGCUUUGAAGUCUGCUUUGACGCGUCAGGAAACUCCCAGGCUCGACACUUUUGUUUAGAGGCUGCACGCCGCUGGGGUAGAGUCGUAUAUGUGGGUGAAGGUGGAAAUGUCACAUUUUCGCCUUCUCCGAUGCUGUUGCAUAAACAGAUCACACUUCAUGGAUCCUGGGUAUGCAGUAUGGCUCAAAUGGAGGAUUUAGUCGAGCUGUUGGCACGUUGGCAACUUCAUCCAGAAAUUCUUGUGACCCACAAAUACAGACUCAAGGACGCGGCAACUGCGUAUGAACUUUUCAAUACUGGAAAAACUGGAAAAGUCGCAUUCAUUUGGGAUUGAGGAUGCUCGUACCAUAAUAGCUAUAUAGUAGGUGGAUGAACAGUGCAGCUAAUCAAACCCAA